AUGCUGCCUUCAACCACGACUCAUCUUUCACUGCAGAAUUCAAAAGCUUGCUCCAUUAUGGCCACCACUUUCUCCUCCUCAGACAUCAGAAAGGCAAUCAAGGCUACAGUUGAAUCCUUUCUAGCAGCAUACGAAGAUGGCGCAGCCCAGAAUGACGCCUCUAUCAUUAACGUUACAGCAGCCUGCACUCGCCACCUUCUUCCUUCAUCUGUGCCCAAGGUCCUGGGCUUGCCAGCAGACUUUAGCAUCAACAACGCAACAUUCCAAGAGGUCUUUGCAAAGGACAUCAAUUUUCUUAAGUUCCGUAACAGCUUUAUGUCAAACUUGGUUAUUGAUACCGAGGAACGUCGGGCAGCGUUUACAGGUGUUUCUAAAGUUUUUGUAGUUAAUAGUGGAGAGUCCUACCCCUUUGAGUGCAGUUUUGCCUUAUACCUUACUGAAGAUGGGUCUAAGGCUAGGAAGGUAGUUGAGUUUCUGGAUAAGGAUGGAACUAUGAAUAUGGCAACUGCUUCUACAGAAGCAUAA